AUGCAAGCAGGGAACCGACCUAGAGAUGAGAGCCACAAUUUUAGUGACAGUAUUAUAACUAUAGGAGGACAGUCUUUAUCGGGAGACUGGAAAGUAUCAAUCGCUAAUUUGUCCGUUGACGAGGGACAAAACAGACUUGGAUUAUCUCGCAGGUCGACUGCUUCCGUAUACACCUCAUCUUUAACAAGACCUUCGUCUUAUUUGUCAACAAAAAACCUAUCGCCUUCAUCACGACCUUCAGCUGCAUCCGUUUCUAAAUAUAGAAGAAAAUCCGGUUCGGCAUAUAGCUCUGAAAUAUCUCAGUCUAACAGUUUAACAUCCGGACACACGCAGAGUAACAAUGACAUCGGAUUAUCAAUGAUUUACAAGAGUUACAUAUUGGAUGCAUUGGUAGAUUUUAAUCCAGUAAGAGUAGUUAAAGAUUUGAAUGAGUUUGCCGAGAAGAAUUUUUGGAUUGGAUCGUUAAAGAAGGUCAAAGUGGAAAAGACAUUGAAUCGUCAUUGGGUGCCUAUAUUCUCCCUCUGUUAUCCUUGUGCAAUCAAUCCUUUCAUAUUAGUCAAACAAGAGACAUUUGCCCACGAUGUUGAAUUCGCCUUACAGCAGCUUGGUGUUGAAAGGUCGACAUAUGAUUAUAUCACUCUAGCACUUUAUGACCACAGGGCUGAAUUAAGCCUUCCUAGUAUAAUAGUAACAUUAUUUCAUAUUGCAAUAAAGCCGGCUGUACAGAGUUGCCUCGGAUUUGUAAAGUUUACACGUCGUAUCUGGAUAUCUCUUCAAAUACAAGGUUUUAUCGACGAAAAGAUUGAAUUUCCUGUUGAAAAAUUUAGCAAAGAUCAGUUUUCAAAUGGAACUUAUUUCACCGAGAUAGUGUUACAAACACUACGUGAUUAUCCUAUGAGCUCCUCACAAAGUAACAUUCAAGGACAGGAAUAUCUUUAUUGCGCCUACAGAUCAGUAAAACCCGAGACCUUACGAAGAGUACAGGACCUUUAUAAACAAGAUUUUGAGAUGUUUGGAUACAGCAAAUUACCACCAACAAACAUUUUGACACGCCAGACUUGAUUUACAGGAAUAUAACUAUGUGCCUUAAACAUGCAAUUAUUAUCGCCGUAAAAGUUCAGUAAUCUGAAACGCUCAGUCAACCUUAUUAUAUGUUUUAUAUAACAUGUAGCAUAAAAUAAACAUCUUCAAUCAAAAGAAUUGUCCAUUGUUGUUAAUAUUUUUAUUCAUCGACAAUUUGUUUGAAAAUCAAAAUUUAUGUAUCAUUAACUUACUUGACGUCUUAAAUUAAAUGUAUAUAUCAUUAACUCAUUUGAUAUCUUAAAUUAAACAGGAACUAUAUAAGCUGUUGGAAAAAGGGACACUAGUACUCUUCCGUUAAAACAAAUGCAUGGAUACCACCAAUCAUAUAUCUAUUUGUCCUAUAGUUAAUUAAUAUCAUCCAAAAUUUAAAAGUAAUUGUAAUUAGAUUUCAAGUAGGAAUAAUGUGUUAAAGUGAGUCAUAGGCAAUACAUAUUUUGUAAAAACUCUU